AGGAGACGCAUCCGCGGACAAUGACCCCCAUGGCGCCAGAGGUCAACGCUCCUCGGGCCGCCGACCGCAGAGGCAGUCGAGCGGCGAGGAGCGCACGCCGACAGGCCCGCAGAGGGACACGGGGCAGAGUUCAGCGCCGAGGACAGCGGCGGCUGCCUCGCCGCCCGGUUCAGCGGCAAGGACAGCGACGGGGACCUCGUCCUCAGCUGGUUCAGCACCAAGGACAGCGACGGGGACCUCGUCAUCAGUUGGUUCAGCACCAAGGACAGGGACGGGGACCUCGUCAUCAGCUGGUUCAGCACCAAGGACAGCGACGGGGACCUCGUCCUCAGCUGGUUCAGCACCAAGGACAGCGACGGGGACCUCGUCAUCAGUUGGUUCAGCACCAAGGACAGGGACGGGGACCUCGUCAUCAGCUGGUUCAGCACCAAGGACAGCGACGGGGACCUCGUCAUCAGCUGGUUCAGCACCAAGGACAGGGACGGGAACCUCGUCCUCAGCUGGUUCAGCACCGCGGACAGCGACGGGGACAUCGUCAUCAGGCUCAGCGCCGAGGGCAGCGACAGAGCCGUCACCUGCCUCUGCACGAAGGACGCCCAAAGGUUCGCCAUCGGAUUCACCAGCGGGACCAUCGGCGCAUAACUCAGCGCUGAGGACAGCCACGAGUGGAGGAGCAGCAGCAGCAGCAGCGAGGGCCUCGUCGGGAUCCGAACCGAGAACGGCAUCCGGAUCGACAUCGAGGACGACGACCGCGGGCUCAGCAGCACCGAGGACAUCGCUCUGCCCGAUAUGCAACAGCACUCCGCUGCAGCAGGCCAACUGCAGCAGGUGCACGCGCUGCCAGGCGACCGUGUGCAACCGGUGUGGCUUCAAUCCCAACCCGCACCUGAUGAAGGUCGAGUGGCUGUGUCUCAGCUGCCAGAUGCAGGACAUCACGGGGCUGGUACAGCAGCAGCAGCCCAGCGCCAAACCGCACGGGUCGACUCCAACAAACCAGCAGCAGCGUCGACAGCAGCAGCCGCCGCCGCCGGGAGAGAAAGCACCGACUCAUCCCUCGAGCGACGGCGGUGGCGGUGGCGCCGGUGGCGCCGGUGAGCACAAGAAAGCGACGGGCACUUCGGCGAGCGAUGAGAGGACGCAGCAGAAGCAGCAGCCGCAGCAGCAGCGAGCGGCGGAGGAGAGCGUCACGGGGAAGCUGUUCGGCUACGGCGCCUCCCUCCUGAGCCAGGCAUCGAACCUCAUCGGGGCCGUCAACCCGGCGCCCGGCUCGCCGCCCGCGGCCAAGGCAGCCGACGCCGGUGCCGCUCGGCCGGCAGAGACCCGACGAGCGCCGGGGUCCUCCACGCAGGGCCCGCAGCAGAGGGCGCACGGCGGCGGCGGUGCCGUCGCCGCUGUCCCCAGCGCCGUGGCGCUGACGACCCCCAGGGCCGCGUGCCCGCGCUGCAGGGCGGAGCUGAGCUUCGGCACGGAGCGAGCCAACAACGGGAGGACGUGCGCCGCGUGCGGAGCGAGCGCUUGCGCCGCGUGCGGCUCGGAGUCGCGGGAGCCGGUACGUGAUGGUUGGGGGGAGGUGGGCGGGGGGGUCCUCGCUGGCUCGCUCGGGCACAUGUCUUCGGAGCGCUUUUGCCGGUUUCGCCGGAUGGACCCGGGGUGCCGCCGGAUAAAGGAUGGAAGUCUCCGAAUAAUCGCGCGCGGCGCGGCGACGCUGGGUGCCCAGCGAGCCGAGGAGAAGGAAGAGGAGAGGCGGGGGGGAGGAGGCGUCACCACGGAGAGAUCGGCGCUCAGGCUGACCGCCGAGCCACGAGCCGUGGUGCGUGGCGGUGGAGCCGACACGCCGGGCCGCCACGGUGCCGGAGAGGGAGGAGAGCGCAGCAGUGUUGACGUGGCCUCUGGGGACCACUUGGGAGACACUCGGGGCAACUUCCGGAAGGGCUGGCUCUGCUGGCUGUGCCGGGCUUCGAGCGAGACGGCGGCCGGGCGGCUCGGAGGAACGACGCCGGCGGUGGCGGCGCUGCCGAUGCCGCCGCCGCCACCACCGGGCCCGGCCGAGGAUCCGCCGGACCGGCAGGCGGCGCGGGACGCGGCGACGACAGAACCUCCAGGAUCAACCGGCAAUUGCGACAGCGGCCGCCACCACCGCGUGCGAUGUCCGAACGUCCGGGAGAGGUGGCGAGCAGAGCUGCCGUUCCUCCGUCAGGAGCUGGAUUGGGGAGCGAAGGCGCAGGACCGCCCCGCACCAGGCGCCUCUCCGCGACCGACCCGCUGGCGCCGCUCGCCCCCCGCUGACGACGACCUCCAGCGCGCCACCUCGGCGGAGUCGGACCCCGGGGAGCGGCCUCGUGUGCCGGUCGGGUACCCCGGCCCCGGCGACGACGGCGCCGGCGAGGGCCGUGCGCGAACCGCGGGGGCCGCGCCGUCGCCGCCCGAAGGCCCCGCAGGGCGGCCCCGGCCACGGUCGCUCCCCAUCGCCGCGGAGGUCCAGAACGGGGCCCGGGGGAGGGACACGGCGGCGGCGUCGACAGCGGUUCCGGCGGAGCGAGCGAGGGCCCUGCGGACGUGCGGCGGCAGCCUGGACUCUCUGGAGGAGGAGCUGGAGCGGAUCCAGCGGCACGACAUGGUGGAGGACAGCAGCGAAGGAACGCCGUCGCCACUACCGCGGCUUCUGCAGGGUCUUGUGAGUGGCCGCGGCCCACGGGGCUACGGGCCUCCCGCCGCCCCCAUCGACGGGAGGGAGAGGGACGAGGAGGAGGACCUGAUACGCAAAGUCCUGCAGCUGACCACCGGCGGGGGAACGGCGCCGGCGGGCGACGCCGGAGGCUGUUCGAGGGCGGUGAAACUCGGCCCCUGCAAGGACAGCGAGAGCGCGAGCUCCGUGAGUAGCCCCGGCGAGAGCCUGCGCUUCGACAGGGAGCCCGAGCUGGAGAGCCUGGGCAGCAGCCCCGACGACCGCUCGCCGGGGAACGGCUCGUCCAGCUGCCUCCCUCUGUCAAGCCGAACGGCCGGGAGUGCCACAUCGCCCUCCGUCUCCUCGCUCGAGGACGACAGCGACGCGAGCCCGGGCUGCCGCGGCGUCAGUGUCGGCGCCGUCGUCGGCGGAGGGAGGGCAGCGGACGACGAGGUCGGCGUGCCCAGGAAGAACCGCUCGCACUCGCAGAACCAGCAGCCGCCCGCGAUUGUAGACUCGUCGGAGGAGGAGGAGGCGCUCGAGGGGCGGGUGGCGCUGCGCGAGCAGGAGCAGCUUCACGAAGCUGAGCUGCAGCAGCAGCAGCAGCGCAGGAGUGCCGGCAGGAGGUCCAAGCGCGAACGCGAGGACCUGAGGGCCCAGCGGCGGAGGCAACGGUCACGCGCGUCGCCCAGCAACCUGUCGCCCAUCGAGGACGCGUCGCCUACCGAGGAGCUGCGACAGGCGGCCGAGAUGGAGGAGCUGCGGCGCUCCUCCUGCUCCGAGUACUCGCCCAGCAUCGAGUCGGAGCCCGAGGGCUUUGAGUCCUACGCUGAGAAGAUCUACCGCCUGCAGGAGGAGUUCAAGCAGCUGACGUCCAUCAACCGCAGCGCCAGCCACGAGGGCUCCGAGUCGUACGCGGCGCGGAGCCGCGCAUCGUCCGAGCGCGUGCUCAAGAGCGCCGAGGAGGCGUACGAGGAAAUGAUGAUAAAGUCGCGAGCGCGGCCGGUGGACGAUGGCGGUGUCGGUCCGACGGCGGUGGUGGAGGCGACGACGGCGGGCCGCGCUGGGGCAUCGCCAUGCGCUACAGGAGGCGGAGACACUUGCCCCGGCGACGCUGGCCCCGGCGAUGCAUGGCACGGAACGUCAGGGAGGCCCUACAGGGAGGAGACGGAUGGUGACGCGGUGUUCGACUUCAGCCGGAGUCGCGAGCUUCGGGCAUGCGGGGAAGCGACGAGCACCGUGACGCCAACCAUGUCGGCAGCGACGGGGAGCGGCGCGGAUUACCUGGGCGCAAGGUAUGGCUAUGGCGACCUGCUGGGCGACGUUACCCCUCUGCUCACGCCCGGCAUCAGCCCGACGCAGCUGGCUUCGCCAUCACCUGCCUCUUGCGGGCAAGGGAGGCCGGGCGACAUCGUGAACCUGUCUUGCGGCGCCGGCGCCACGAUUCCCGCCGCCAGGCCACACGUCGCCACCGCCAUCACCUUCCCGGCCAUUCCUGCUGUGCGAAUAACUCAGCACUUUACCGACCAUGAGGAUGGCGCUGAUACUACCGAAUCAGCGGAGGCAUUGCCGGAGGCCAACUCGCAGCAUGACUACCGACCCGUGGCCUCGGACGUGACCGUCACUACUCACACCGUCCCGUGUUCGGCUUCUCCUUCGUUGGCACAGCAGCAGCAGCAGCUGGUGACAGCACCGGCCGUUGCCGAGGACGUGCGCUUGACGAGCUCGUUGGGUUACUGGCGGGAGCCACAGACGCCCAUCUCUUCGAGUGUUAAGCAGCCGCCGCCACUUUUCAGGAGCUCUAGCUACGACUUCUCAUUCGCCGUGGAUGAUGAUGCGACGGAGAAGGCCUCCAUCCUGCACAAUUUGUCCAGCUUCAGCCAGGGUGCUGGUGGCGGCGCUGGCAGCACUGGCGGGGGUAGCGGCAGAGGGGGCAGACGCAGCUCCUCUGUCGAUGCGGAGUUGUACUUUUCCUCCGAGCUGAACCCCAUGGCGCUGCUGUACGACGCAGGAGAAUCUGUCGACCACGUGAUUUCAAGGCCUCCGACGGUGUCCUCUGCACCGUGCUCACAUGCCUCGGGCGAGGAGCCUGGCGACCCAUUGAGGGCCUUCGCUCGCCCGCAAACCUGCCAAUGGCCGGAUGAUGGAUUUGUCCAGAGGGGGGAGGUGGAGGAGGAGGAGGAGGAGGCCAGAUGCGGCGGGGCAAAGUCUCGGGUUGUCGACCUGCGCAUGCUCAAGAUGCAGCCGCUCAUCAUGACGGACCAGGGCGUGGACCUGACGUUGUUCGCCUCGGAGAGCCGGCGCUUUGGUGGUGAUAACGUCGGUGUCGGCGCCGCCAACAAGCCGGGCAGCGUGGUGAAGCCGGGGAUCGUGAACCUGAGCGCGCUGGAUUUGAACACGAGCCAGAGCCAGAGCCAGAAGGUGACGAUUGUGAACCGUGGCACGAACGUGCCUACAAAUUACAAAGUGGCCGCCAGGCCUGUGCCGUCGCCGCAUGAUGUCACCACCACCACCACGACCAGCAACAUCAGCAACAGCAUCAGCAAGCCAUUAAACCUGGCCCAGAAUGCAUCGGCCACCACUAUGGCGCCAACGAACGGGCCGGCGUUCGGUCUCAUCAUCACCGCCGAUUCCUCGGUGAAGGCCGCAGCAGGGCACGGUGCGGAGGCGUCAGCGGGCAGAGCAGGCCGAGCGAUGCCUCGGUGCCGCUGGCCGGCCAAAGUACAACAACUGCCCGAACGGCAUGGUGGGUGGCGGGCAUGGCCCGGGCUCGAGGGUUGCGGCCACGUCUCCGGACGGGAGGCCCGACGAGGCGGCGAGCGGCCUCUUGGGGCCUGGGGAGGGCCCGGCGGAUCUCGUCCGGGGCGGCGACGGGAGGCGAGCGACGUGCUGCGACGUCGUCUACCAGCUUCCCAUUUCUCCGCUCGCCCUCGCUCUGGGGGAAGCCACCGUCAGAUUCAUCGCCGCCGCCCGCCGUCGUGGCGCAGGGGAAGGCCGAUCUCCACCGCCGGCACGAAUCCGCGAGCGCCUACCACUGCUUCCCGCUCGGCCCCCUGCGCUCCUCCUUCUCCGACACCAACCUGGCGGGCAUCGGUGCCUACGGCAGCUGCCCUUUCGGAUACGACGGCGCGGGGACGGGCAAGCCUCCUGUCGGGUGAUGUCGGCCUGGGCGCCAAGUUCGCCCUGGGGGCGUACACUGAGUGCGGCCUGAGGCCCAUGCGGCGCUACAACUCGGACCACGCCAUUUCCAAGAUGGAGUGCGAUGAUGGCAGCGGUGGCCGCGGUGCGUCCAGGGGGGCGCACGUGGACUUCCGGUCGACCGAGGAGACCAUCCGGGAGAUAAACAAGCUGUGCACGGAACUCACCUCGCUGCAGCAAGAGUGGUCGACCUACAGCGAUGGCAAGGGCGCAGCGCCGACGAGCCAGCUCGCCCUCGCCGGCUACGGCGUGGGUGCCCCGGCGCUGAAUGCGCUGGUGGCGGCGGUGGCGGCGCCCCGUCGUCCAUCAUGGGCCCUCUGGGCGCCGCCGGCUAUCGGAACUGGGGCGACCGGCCGCAUGGAAGCGGCGCCGAACUUUGAAGACUUCCUGCCGACGGUUGUGCAGCAGCAGCAGUGGCGGAGGGGGUCAGGGUCGCGGAGCUUCUCGGCGGUGCUGGCCGGUGCUGGCACCCAGGCAUAUUCCCCUGAUGCUGUCACCGCCACCGCGAAGACCGCCAGUGGCCACCUGGGCUACGGCAUCCCGCAGCUGUGCACGGCAGCGGCGGUGGCCGUGGCGGGCCCGGGAGGCUACUUCGGCGCUUACGGCCCGGGCCCCCGCGGCGACGGCGCUCCGCCAGGAUGCUCCGAGGAGAACGCGACGCAGCGGCUGGGUCCGUACGUCCUCGACACAAUCGCGCCGCACACGAGGGAGGGGGCCCUUGUCGGGCAGCGGUGGGACGAGGGGGAGGUGACGGUGGAGGCGGAAGGGCGCCGGUGGUCCCUGGAGCCGGAAGAACACGAACUGCUGCGGGAGAAACAGGCAGAGCAGCAGCACGUGCAGCUGCAGCAGCAGAUACUUGAGUUGGAGAAGGUGAAGCAGAGGCGCCUGCAGGAGGAGAUGGAGUGUGAGCGCGUGGAGAUGCGCCUGCGCCUCGACCAAGAGAAGCGCCUGGUGGAGCAGGAGCUGAGCGAGCUGCACGGCAUGAAGCGGCGCCUCUUCCGGCGGCAGCAAGAGGAGCGCCGCGAGCAGUUGUCCCUGCAGCAGGAGCAGAUGGUCCACCACCACGUGCAGAUCGACAAGAUCAAGCAGCUGCAGACGCAGCUGCAGCAGCAGCUGGAGGAGCAGAAGAUGAUCCAGGCGACCCCGUCGGUCGCCUCCGUAGCUGCCGCCGCCGCAUUCGGCCGCGACGUGGGGCCGUGGUGGACGACGAGGGCCGGGCAAGAGCUCGGCGGGCCAUGCUGGCCGGCACCGGGACCGCACGAGGCCGGCGCCGGCGGCCGCGUCCCCCGCCGGCCCUCCCGGCACAGCGUCGCCAGGCCCGCGGCCGAGCUCUCGCUCCGCGAUGCCCGAUGGCGUAGGCCACCCCGGCGGAGGAGCCUGGGUAGUGGCUGUGGAGGAGCGCGGUCAUCGUCAUACUGGGAGGAGGAGGACGAAGAGAUGGAUGACGAAGAGGAGCAGAACGUCGGCACGGGAUCAGUCCGGCGGCCGUGGUUGGAUCGCGGUGUCCGGACGGACGACGACGGCGAUGAGCGCCGGCGUUCGCGCCGCAACGGCGUGGACUGCGGCGUGCAGACGGACGACGAGGACGGCCGUGGCAGCGCUGGCUGGGGCAGUUCUUCCCGGAGGAGGAGGGGGAGGAGUGCGAGGGCCAGCGGCCCGGGCCGCGAAGCCGUCGUGGGCGACGGCUCUCCGCCGGCCCGCGCCCUUACAUCGAGCGUCGGCGUCCAGACCAGCGCCGACUGUUCGGUAGCAAACAGAGCCGGCGCCGGGCGCCGUCUCGCGUCAGCGACCGUGACGACUUCUACGACAUCUCGAAGCCCGAGCGGACCCACCUGGGCCGGAGCUCCGGCUGCCAGACCGACGGCGACGGCGGGAGGCGGCCGGCACCGCUUGAGAUUGGGGCGGCCGGCUUCCAUCCCAGUGACGCCGGGGCUGGCGAGGCAUCGCCCCGGUCGCCCAAGCUUCUGUUCUCGCCCGUGUCGCCGCUGGCAUGCGGCAAGCCACUGGACGCGCCGUUCGGCACCAGCGAGAGGCUCAACAAGGCGCACGUGUCACCGCAGAAGCACCUGCCGCCCACGCCGGCGGCGCGGCAGGGGAAGCAGGGGCCGCCCUCUCGGCGGCACGAGGAGGAGGAGGACGACAACGGAGCCAGGAGUCACCGUGGGCUCCAGCGCUCCAAGGCUGGGGCCGUCGCCCUUCUGGCCUCCGUGGCUGGUCAUUGACGGCCCCGGCACGGGCCGCAAGGUAAAGAGGACGUUGCCCAACCCUCCCAUGGAGGAACGGCCACCCACCGGGCCCGCCGCCUCAUCUCCAUCGCCGGCGCCAUCAGCAGCGUCGACGAGGGACAGCGCGCCGGGGUCGGGCGGACCCGACGGGCGAUCGGUGGCGCUGGCGGGGCCCGGUGUCGCGCCCGUGCAGCGCAAGCAAAUCCUGCGUGAGAUCGACGCGGAAUUGGAGCGGGUGGAACACGACUCAGCGAAGCUGCGCCAGCGCCAGGAGGAGCUGGACGCCGAGGAGCGCGAGAUCGACGCCCGCAUGCGCAACCUGGAACGGGGCCUCGGCCGCAAGGCGGAGAGGAACGGCAGCGGCGACGUCGGUGGCGCCGCCGACCCCGGACGCUACCCCACAGCGCGUGCCCUGGGACUUGACGCCGGGCUGGCGGGGCCGGGCUUCUCGCUGGCGCGGCGCCAGCAGGAGGCGUGCUUCCCGGAACUUUACCCGGCACCGGCCGGCCCGGUCCCGCCUUGCCGAAUCUUCCCAUCGUCGUCCUACCUGGCUUAUCCGCAGUUGCGCCAGGCCGAUGGCGCGGCGGCGCCGAGGGGCUAUGCGCCAUCGUCCGGCUCGCUCCCCUACGCCAUCCCCACGGCCCCGUACCCCGGCCUCACAGCGCCGGUGCCGCAGCUCAAGGCCCGGCAAGCGUCGCUGGACCUGGAACCGAACCUCGAGACGAACUACGAGGUGGUGGCCGAAGAGGAGCUGCUGGGGGCGUUGCUGGCACGUCGGCGCUCGGCGGCCCGUGGCGGCAGGGACGACGACGGGCCGAGCAGCGAUGCCACGACGGUGCCGCUGCGCGACCUGGCUGCCGCCGUCGGCUUCGCCGCCAACUCGGACGCAUUUUACGCUGACUUGGAGCAGAGCGUCCCACGCAACUACGAGCUCAUCGACGACAUUGGCGAGCUGACGAGGACGCCGGCGCCGAGCGUCGUCGCCGCGGGCGACCCCUUGCAGUGUCGGCAGCACCACCGGCCGCCCGAGCGUGAGCUGCCGUUCGGCAGGAGCCCGUACAGGGCCGACGCAGAGUUCGCGGAUGACGCCUACGAGCAGAACCUGCCGAGGAACCUGGCGCGGUUCUACCGGGGCGACGGCAACGGCGGGGAGCCGCUGGGGGCUGUACGGGCCGAGUCGCGGCAUGCCGAGGAGAGGCCCGGGCACAGGCCCGUCUCGAAGGCCUUCUCAUCAGCCGUCAUCUCCAAGCGCGGCAAGCACAAGCGGCAGCAGAACAUGGAGCAAAGGCUGGCGGCGGCUGCCGCCGGUGCCUUCGGGCUGGGUUCCGACGCUGACAUGGGGUACACGGGCCGCUACGACAGCACGCUCGCGUGGCCGGAGGAGAGGCCCCGGCGCCGGCACGGCGAUACGGCCACGCCGCUCGGCGGCGUUCUCCUUUACGACGACGACGGCGAAAUCAGCUACAACGGCUACGGCCCUCCCCUCCACGACUACGCCGAGCGUUACUCCUGCGACCCCAACGCGCCGCCGCCGCCACGAUUCCCGCCGCCCCGGCACCGCCGCGCCGACGCGGCGGUGCCGGGCGCCGACCGCGCCGGGUCGGGCCGGGCUCGCGAGCGUCCUCAGGCCGCCAGCCCCGAGCGGCGGGCCCGUGCGGCCCCCGAGUGGGACGAGGCGCCGGGUUCCGGCCGCCCGCCCCUCGAGGUGCGGCAGCGGCUGACAGAGCGGGAGGCGCGCAGGCGGCAGCCAGGGAAGGGGGCCCGCCUGGACCCCCUAAACCAGCGGCUCGUCGGCUUCCCCGGCGGGCAAGCGCAUCAGCCGUGGGAGGAGGAGGAGGAGGCAGCCUCCUCCCGGCGAAGUCGUCGUCGUGGCGGCGGGCCUGACCUCCUCCUCCUCCUCCGCGCCGCCGCAGCCGCCGCCGCCGUCGGACCCGCGGCGUCUCCGGGGUCGCCCGCGGCAACCGCGAUGCACAACAACCACAACAACCACAACAACCACGACAACCACGAGCAGCAGCAGCAGCAGCAGCUUCGGCAGCAGCAUCCGAGACAUCACCAUGGCAACCAUCGCAGGGGGUUGUCACCGUACGGCGAGGUGCCCAACGGGGCCGCUUUCAAGCCGCUGCACGCCACGGGGAACGGCAUUGGCGCGAGGGCCCUGUCCGAGAGGGAGUUUGACGAGCGCGACGGCGACCUCGGCGACUCCCUCUCCCGGUUCAUCGCGGACGGCGCCGUCGAGCAGGCGGGGAAGCUGGGCGAGGCUGUGACGGCAUUCAGCAGAAGGUUCACAUCUCUGUGGUGACGGCUCCGCUCCAAGCGAGCGGUGGCGCGACGUCGCGGCGCGGCCCCCACGCCACCGCCCUCCCACGGGGCCCCGGGACGCCGCGCCCCGGCGCCCAGCGAGGCUCACUGCGGGUUUAACGCGGUUGCGGAUCGCCGCCCGGCCGGAAUCGACGGCGACGGUGGCGGCGCGGAUGCUGCCGCGGCGACGACUCCGGCCCUCCACUUCGGUCGUCCCGCCUCUCCCGGCGCCGGAGGGACCGCGUCGUCUCCCACGACCACCCCUCCCCCCCCCCCCUCAAUGACCGCUCACUAAUCGAUCCGCUCAAUUAGAAAAUAAUAUCGGAAAAUACUUUUACAACGCAUUUUUUUAUUACAUUAUAUAUAUAUAUAUAAUCCUCACGGUUGGCGGCGCGGCUCUCGAAGCGGCGGCUGUCGCUCGUCCGCUCGCCGCGACGGAAAGGGCGGCGGGCGACCUCGCCGGCUCCCGCUCUCCCCCUCGCCACCGCCACCUUGUCCAUGCACUCGCCGCUCCGCGCUUUCCGCCCCGGUCGUCUCCGCGCCGAUGAUUACGACGCCGCCGCCGUCGUCGCCUCUGCGUCGACCCGCCGGCAAAGCGUCGUGGCCCCUCUCCCCCAGGUGAGGCCCCCCUCUAGCAAAACCAAACUCGCGAUUGCUCCUCCUUGCCACCACUGCCCGGCGCUGCAAGUCACCGUGAGCGGGCGACCUGCUCAGACGGACGCGUUCCCCCCCCAGACCACCCCCCGCUCCGGUCGGCCCGCGGCCAGCGGCCUCUCAGCCGCCCGCAUCUGAGGUCAACGCUGGAGCUCUCGGCGAGUGAGUGCCACCUCGACCUGGCCUAUGCAAGGGCCCCCCAACUCGAUGACAGACGGCCGAAAGACGGGGCCCCGUUUGGGCUCGAAUCGAGGAGUCAGACGGCCACUGUGCUCCGAGCGGGCUGCCCAAGUGGAAUGGUCUCAGCCUGGUCGCGCGUUGAGCAUGCGGCAGAGCGGGUGGGAAAGUUCUGCCCUCGACUGCGUGCGGACCAGAGUGUCGCUCGGAGGAGACGAGGCGAUCUCCGAGGUAGCACGGUGGUGUCCACUUCCGCAGGUCGCAUUACUCUGCGAGACUUCCGACAGCGGCGCGAUCGGAGAUGAAAUAUGCGGGGGAAAGGCAAAAUAAUAAUAUUAAAUGAAUGUUCUCACAAACGUUACGCUCAGCACAAGAGCGACUGCUGUGAUAGUCGACCAAUCGCAGCGGGAGCGGGGGUUGCGUAUUCCUAUCGUUGUGCAUGUUUAGUCGGGAAUGCCUGCGUCUCAAGACUGUUUGUCGGGAGGGGGUCCUGCUCGGGUUUUUUGCAGUGAGGGGCGAUGUCGCUGCUGCUGCUGCUGUGUGAUCCAAAUUUGAGUGAUCUCGCUUGUCGAUUUUCAGCAUUGGGGAUGUUUUGGCCAAUUGUGUGUGCGUGUGCGUUUAGCUAUUAGAGGAGGAAAACCCGGAGCGACCUGGAGGAAAUCCAUGCACACACACCCCAUGUCUUUACCCUACAGCCAUGCGUGUACACAGACACACACACCCCCCAUGUCUUUACCCUACAGCCAUACGUGUACACACACACACACACACCCCAUGUCUUUACCCUACAGCCAUACGUGUACACAGACACACACACCCAUGUCUUUACCCUACAGCCAUGCGUGUACACACACACACACCCCAUGGCUUUACCCUACAGCCAUGCGUGUACACAGACACCACACCCCCCAUGUCUUUACCCUACAUCCAUACGUGUACACAGACACACACACACCCCAUGUCUUUACCCUACAGCCAUACGUGUACACACACACACACCCCAUGUCUUUACCCUACAUCCAUACGUGUACACAGACACACACACACCCCAUGUCUUUACCCUACAGCCAUACGUGUACACAGACACACACACCCCAUGUCUUUACCCUACAGCCAUGCGUGUACACACAUGCACACACACGUGUGUUAAUGCGUCAUGUGUGUCGGUGUGCCUGAGCUCACUGCCUAAGCCCUCUUAGCGAAGUCACUAGAACGCUCAUCGUUCUUGCGGCCAUUCCACGAUUGCUUAUUUAUUGUACACCACCAUUGUCGUCGUCGUCGCCGCCGGCCAUGUUCAGUCCACUGCUGGAUGAAGUCCUCCACCAAGCCGCCGGCCGCCGUCUCUCAAGGCCACGCGAUGCAACGACGAAUCCAGAACCUGGCCUCUCGCAUCGGCCAAUUUCCUCGCUCGCCCCCCCGUGCCGAUUUGAAAUAUUUGUUUUAUUGUACCAGGUGUGUGUCCCCCACUGAUCUACGUAGCGCUUUCUUUUUUGAGAAGCGACCUUGCCAUCGCAAAUGAAAGUGCAACGAAAUGGCUUUUAUGAUGUCGACAUUUAUAGCAGCCAAAUACUCUUAAGCGCAUGUUGAUGCUAAAUGUCGAGGGGGAAAAACCGGAGGACCCGGAGAAAAAUCCACGCAACCACUGGGAGACACCGCAAACUUCAAAUAUACAGCAGGUGUCAGGGUCGGGAUCGAAACCCACGACCUCCUGCAUAGCAGGCGAGGUAGUUAACAUCUCGCCACGGGGAGAGAGAGACAUCGCAAACUCCAAAUAUACUGCAGGCGUCAGGUUCAGGAUCGAACCGACGACCUAAUGUAUACCGGGUGAGGUAGUUGACAUCUCGCCACCGCAGUAAAUACACGGCAUGGAUCGUGAUGACCCCCCUGUGACCUUCACUCGCUGAGCGCAGUUGGCCAGUGGUGGUGAUGGGGGUCGGCAUGUUUUGGGUUCAGGUUGCCGACACCUCGUGGCUGGGGGGGGGGGGGGACCCCUCUGGCUUCAUCCGCGCCGCGUGGAGCCGCGACGCCACCUCGUGGUGCGGUGGCGGCGUGGGUAGCCACCCCCACCCAUCCUCCUCCUCUUCCUCCUCCCCACGCGUGAGUCCCCAAGGCUCUCGUCGAGUGGGCAGCUUUUUAAUCCUCGAGAGAGCGAGAGAGACCAGGAUAGAGGAGGAGUCUCAUUGGCAAGAGUGACAUGAGGGUGCGGGGGGGGGGUCAUCAGAACGACAAAAGCGCAACAGAUACGGCUCGAGCUGAGGUCAAAGCGCUUGUGAGGUCGUGCAUGGAAAUUCCACGUUCCUGUGGCAUAACGACGGCGGAGGGCGAUGGUGGUGGCGAUGUUCGGCCGUUCAUGUUGAGUUGACCCUGACCGGGAUUUGAACUCGGUCAAGCUACGGGGCGGCGAUUAAGCGAUUGGAAAUCUGGAGCGAAAAAAAAGGCCACGCGUUUUUCUUCAUUUUGCUCCGGUUAUAAUUUGCUGCUGCUGCCCACGUAAAUUUGAUGGACUGGCUCUGGCAUCAGUGAGGGCUUGGUGGAUGUUAUUGCCCUGUUACCCCACAGCGCCUGUGGGACUCUGGUUGAUCCGUGCAGCAGCUCCAGCAGCUCCAGCAGCAGCAGCAGCCCUCGGGGUUUACCGGCGGUACGAGUUCUCGCAUCAUCACGGCGGCAGUCGUCGGCGGGUGGCUCGGCGACAGUCACCGUGGCUGCGCGGUGGUGCCGCAGUGGCGACACGCGCAGCAGGAAAGCGCCUCGAUUCCAUUCCCGACUCGAGCGCCUUUCUGUGCGGAGUUUGUGUGUUCCCUCUCUCUCUCCCCCUUGUUCUGCGUUGCUUUUCCUCCGCGUUCUUCAGGUUCCUCCUCUCACAGCGAAACACGCGCACAGGUGCACACACACCCAGGCGCACACGCACGCACACAAAUGGACGCACACACAGGGUAGCGCGCACACACGCACGCACGCGCACUGUGGAACUGGCAUUGGCCAAACCACCAUCCCCAGUGCUGCAACAAAUGCCAUGCGAAUGUCCUCAGUUGGGAUCAGACGUAGCAGCAGCGGCAGCAGCAAGGUUUGGCAGGACUCUCCUUGAGACUCCGUGAGACUUUUCUGGGUAAACCGGCGGAAUCGUGGUCCUGUUUAACGUGGAUGGUUCUGAGAAUCCUCUCCUCGCUCUAGAUGAGUGCGGGCAGCGUCGAAUAACGGACGUCAUCGUCGGCACGAUCGUCGCAGGCGCGCGCAGCUGCCAGCGGGUGAACUCGGGGGGGCCACGUGUUGGCCACCGUCGCCGCCGGCUGCGGAUUUGCCGACGAGUCGCUUCGAAGUUUGAAACCCACGCGAGCUUCGCUGCUGUUGCGCCCGUGGCUGGUGGGAACGCGUUGCACCUUGAGGACCGCACGGUUCGCAAAACAAGUUUUUUUUUUAUAUUUUAGAGAAACGUGAUUGGUUUGAAACGGCAUUCGUGUUUGCAUGGGCGUGUGUAUGUGUGUGCUUGUGCGUUUAGCGCACUGCGCAAAUAACUUGGAGACCCGGGUUCGAUUCCCGCUCACGGUCAACACCGGCGUCGAUUAUCUGAACCGGUCCUGGGCCUCCCCUAGAUCGACUCAGCCUCAAAUUAGUACCUGGUGCGAUGUGUAAACAUCGCCACUAGAGAGACAAAGGCGGCCGGGCAUGGUGUUGGCCACCCACCCCCUCUUGUGCUGUGCCGGCCUUUAUAGGUGCUAGCUGACAGCACUUGCCCCAACAGUCUGUUAAGGCUACACGGGGGAUCUUUGUUUUUGUGCUCGUGCGUACACGAGUGGGGAGCGGUGGCGCAGUGGUUAGCGCUACGACCCACGGCUUCCCAAGUCCGACUCCCGCUCACGACCAGUAACAGCGGCAGCGAAUAUUUGAAGCGUUCCUGGUCUCUCCUUAGGUCGACUCGGCCUUAAAUGAGUAUAUUGGUGCAGUGUACAGUAUAUAAAACAACGGGGAGACAAAGGCGGCCGGGAGUGGUGCUGGCCACACCGCCCCCUCGUGUGUUGUUGCGGCCUGCAUAGGUGCUAUUUGCUAACAGCACCUACCCAGUCUGUUAAGGCUAUACGGGGGAUGUUUGUGUAUGAGUGUACAAGUGCGUGUGUGUGCAUGCGUGUGUGAAUGUGUGCAUGACACGUGUACAAGUGCAUACAUGUGUGUGUGUGCACGUGUGUGUGCAUGUGCGUGUGUGAGUGGGGAGCGGUAGUGUAGCGGGUAGCGCUACGCUGCGCUACGAACCCGGCGACCCGAGUUCGAUUCUCACGGCCACCGGCGCCAGUGACGAUUAUCUGAACCGGUCCUGGAACCUCCUCCCCUAGGUCGACUCAGCCUCAAAUGAGUACUCGGUGCGGUUUGUCGUAAACAUCGCCACUCGGGAGACAAAGGCGGCCGGGGGUGGUGCUGGCCACCCGCCACCUCGUGUGCCGUGUCGGCCUUCAUCGGUGCUGCUCGCUAACGGCACUUGCCCCCAACGGUGUCGCGGGCUACACGGGGGACCUUUGUCUUUGUGCGCCCAAGGAACGCGACUGGCGCGUUGACGAUGCCCGACUGGCACGGCGAGACUCCUCGCUCCUUUCGCUUCGAUGCGCUCUUCACAACAACAACAACAACGAAACAUCACCGGUUGUGGUGGUGGUGGUGGUGGAGAAUCCGUGCCCUGCUCGUACGCGGCAUGGAGACUCCACGCACUCUUUGAGUGCAAAUGCGGAACGACGCCAUUGCCUUAUCUGAAGGUGGUAAUGAAAACCAUUGAUGUGUAUAUUUGUUUUGUAAUUUAUCUUCGUCGUCGUUUGUUGUCCCGCGCUCUUGCCCGGUGGAGCUGUACAUAUCGGCGAGUGGCUGAGGGUGACGAUGAUGACGAUGAGACCACGGGGCCUCUCUGUGCCCCCUGUUGCGUGUGGCUUGCAGCACCGCGCCUCGCUCCAGGCGAGAGCAGAGCGGCUGCCAGAAGCGACUUUUAUUUGGGCGAUGUGCUAUGAUGAGAUGCAAGGGUCGUCGCCCGAAACGUCGUCGGUUAUAUGUUGUUGUUCGUCGAGGCCACACUCGCAGUGUUAUGGGCGGAUGCGUGGAGUCUAAAUCGUAGCACAGUGCAAUCUUAUCUUGAAUCUUGACUUAAAGCUUUCGUGACUGCAGGAAUUCAUAUUCGUUGGGUCUUUCGGUAAAGCCACGUAGGUAGAAAAAAUAAUAAAAAUCUUGUAAUAAUCAACAUAAUAAUCAAACUAAUAAUAAAAAUAACAAUAUCAGAGUGUUAUCAUUUUGAUUAUUUUUUCUAUCUACGUGACUUUACCGAAAGACCCAAAGAAUAUAAUCUUAUCUUGAUCUAACACGUCGUCGUCGGCGGCUUUCGCGACCAAUGUUAUCCAUAACAGAGGUGUUUUGGGUGAGAUCGCGUGAAUAUGAAUGUGUGUCGUUAAACCCGCCACCACCCGACACAGCAAAUCAGUGAAGGGGUGUGUCAACAAAACGUGUAGUGUAUAGUAGUGUAUAGUGUAGUGUAUAGUGUAGUAUACUAGUUCAGCACUCACUGGUUGUUGUGUGUUGGAGAGAAAACUCACUACAACAUUUACAAUUAUAGUGUAGUGUAUAGUGUAGUGUAUCGUGUAGUGUAUCGUGUAGUAUACUAGUUCAGCACACACCGGUUGUUGUGUGUUGGAGAGUAAACCCACUACAACAUUUACAAUUAUAGUGUAGUGUAUAGUGUAGUGUAUCGUGUAGUAUACUAGUUCAGCACACACCGGUUGUGUUGGAGAGUAAACCCACGACUACAUUUACAAUUAUAGUGUAGUGUAUAGUGUAGUGUACAGUAGUGUAGUGUAUAGUGUAGUGUAUAGUCUGGUGUAUAGUGUAGCGUAUAGUGUAGUGUAAAGUGCAGUGUAUAGUGUAGUAUAUAGUCCAGUGUAUAGUGUAGUGUAUAGUGCUGUGUAUAGUGUAGUGUAUGUUGGAGAGUAAACCCACGACUACAUUUACAAUUAUAAUGUAGUGUAUAGUGUAGUGUACUAAUACAGUACUAACUGGUUGUUUUGCAUUGGAGAGUAAACCCACUACAACAUUUACAAUUCUAGUACCGUGACGUUUCGCCAGCAAAUACAACGACGACGACGACGACCGGCAUCAGGCGGGCAGCCGCAGAGCAGUGGAGCAGUCCCGUAGCAGGAUUGCUGGCGAAACGUCGCCCUCGAAUUGUAAAUGUCGUAGUGGGUUUACUCUCCAACAUACACUACACUAUACACUACACUAUACACUACACUAUAAUUGUAAAUGUUGUAGUGGGUUUACUCUCCAACAUACACUACACUAUACACUCCACUAUACACUGCACUAUACACUACACUAUAAUUGUAAAUGUUGUAGUGGGUUUACUCUCCAAGACUCUGGUGUGUGCUGUACUAGUAUCGAAUUAUCACGUUUUGUUCACGUGACAAACCUUCCUAAUUGGCCGUGUCGGGUGGUGGCGGCUUUAACGACACAUUUAUAUUGACGCCAUCCAACCCAUAAAAAAACACCUCUUAUGGACAAUCUUAUCUCACAUAGAUUCAUAUCGCAGCGCCUUAUCUCAAGGCGCCUUUUACAAGAAUUAUACAAUUGUACGUAAGAUUAUCGUGGUUGAGAAUCAGAAUCUUUAUUUAGACUGGUGGUGUCGUGGUGGUGUCGUGGUGGUGACAGCAGG